UUGGGGCCGAGAUUGCUUCCCGGGAGUUUUGCCUUCCCAGAACUCGGCCUUUCCCCAGAAGGAAGAGGGAGAAAAAAAUGACCAAACUCCAGGAGGCAUUGACCUUCAAGGAUGUGGCUGUGACCUUCACCGAGGAGGAGCUGGGGCUGCUGGACUUGGCCCAGAGGAAGCUGUACCGAGACGUGAUGCUGGAGAACUUCCGGAACCUGCUGUCCGUGGGGCACCAGUCCUCCAAGCCAGACAUGAUAUCCCAGUUGGAGAGAGAGGAGAAGUUCUGGACGACAGAGAUCCAGCCCCAGAGAGGAGGGCAUUCAGGAGGCUGGAAUCACGAGAUGGGAACUGUUCAGGACACAGGAGUGAGGUGCCUUUCACGGGCAGAGCUUUCAUGCUGGCAAAUCAGGAGACACAUUGUGAGCAAAUCAACCAAAAGCCAAGACUCUGUGAUAAAUACUCAAGAGAUGAGUUCUCAGUCCCUCAAACAACAUAAUUCCCCUGCAGGAGUGCCCACUCAGGCUUCCAUGGAAGGCAGCUGUUUCGUGACUCUUAUAGAGGAUCAUUCUGAUAUUAUUGAAAAUCAAGAAUUUCCAGCUGGGAGAGCUCCGAAUUCCUGGAGUAAACUCUGUCUGAGCGAGACACAGAAUUACCAGAGGGGUUGUCAGCUGACUUCCAUGAAGAACAAGAUCUGUAUGUUUGCUCCAUGUGUUGACUUUUUCCCAUGUAUCUCCCCCCACCACGAUGACCACACGGUGCCCCAAAGAGAGAAGGCUCAGGGCAUCAGAGAGUGUGGUAAAGACCUCCUCAAGGCAUCACCACUAGCCCAGCGAAGCAUCCUUGAGGCUGGACCGAAAGCCUACCCGUGCAAUGAGGAUAAGAGAGGACUCAGUGACCGUGCCAGCCUGGAACUUCAUCAGCUGCUACACUUAGGCGGAAAGUCCCCGACCCACAGGACGCCCAAGAAGGACCCAGGUCACGGCUCAGCACGCCCCACUCCGCUGGGCGCCCUCCCGGGGACGAAGCGCUACUGGUGCCGGGAGUGCGGGAAGGGCUUCAGCCAGAGCUCCAACCUGCAGACCCACCAGCGAGUCCACACCGGGGAGAAGCCCUACUCGUGCCACGAGUGCGGGAAGAGCUUCAACCAGACAUCGCACCUGUACGCCCACCUGCCCAUUCACACCGGGGAGAAGCCGUACCGCUGCGAGAGCUGCGGCAAGGGCUUCAGCCGGAGCACCGACCUCAACAUCCACUGCAGGGUCCACACCGGCGAGAAGCCCUACAAGUGCGCGGCGUGCGGCAAGGGCUUCACGCAGAGGUCCCACCUGCAGGCCCACGAGAGGAUCCACACCGGCGAGAAGCCCUACAGGUGCGCGGACUGCGGCAAGCGCUUCAGCUGCAGCUCCAACCUUCACACACACCAGCGGGUGCACACGGAGGAGAAGCCCUACAAGUGCGAGGAGUGCGGCAAGCGCUUCAGCCUGAGCUUCAACCUGCACAGCCACCGGCGCGUGCACACGGGCGAGAAGCCCUACAAGUGCCAGGAGUGCGGCAAGGGCUUCAGCUCUGCCUCCAGCUUCCAGAGCCACCAGCGGGUGCACACGGGCGAGAAGCCCUUCCGCUGCAGCGAGUGCGGGAAGGGCUUCAGCCAGAGCUCCUACUUCCAGGCCCACCAGCGCGUGCACACCGGGGAGAAGCCCUACAAGUGCGAGGUGUGCGGCAAGCGCUUCAACUGGAGCCUGAACCUCCACAACCACCAGCGCGUGCACACGGGCGAGAAGCCCUACAAGUGCGAGGAGUGCGGCAAGGGCUUCAGCCAGGCCUCCAACCUCCAGGCCCACCAGAGCGUCCACACCGGGGAGAAGCCGUUCAAGUGCGCCGCGUGUCCGAAGCGGUUCAGCCAGGCCUCGCACCUGCAGGCGCAUCAGAGAGUCCACACUGGGGAGAAACCCUUUAAGUGUGGCACCUGCGGCAAGGCCUUCAGCCAGAGGUCGAACCUUCAAGUCCAUCAGAUAAUCCACACGGGCGAGAAGCCCUUCAAGUGCGAGGAGUGCGGGAAGGAGUUCAGCUGGAGCGCGGGGCUCAGCGCCCACCAGCGGGUGCACACGGGAGAGAAACCCUACACGUGCCAGCAGUGUGGCAAGGGCUUCAGCCAGGCCUCGCACUUCCACACGCACCAGAGGGUCCACACGGGGGAGAGGCCCUACAUAUGUGACAUAUGUUGCAAGGGCUUCAGCCAGAGGUCACAUCUUGUCUACCACCAGAGGGUCCAGCGGGAGGGAAUCUAUAGGGGUAGGGGGUGUGGAACUGACCUCAGUGAGAGCCCACCUCUUCAUCUCUGUUGGAAAAGUCCCGUCCCAGGGGUCACGGGUGGUUCCUGUGGGCCUCGGAAGCUCCGAGGCAUCUUCAUGGGAAAGAAGUUGUAGAAAAGGCAGUGUUUGCAAGUUUCAGCUGGGAGGUGACCUCUUUGUAGAGAAUGCAUUCUAUAAAUAAGGUCCGUGGUUACACCAGAGCCCUGAAUGCCCUCUCAAGAUGGGACACGAGAAGAAUCACUGCCCUUUUCCCAGGAGAGAAGGCUUAUACAUGAAGGUUUUAUGGGCAGGGCUUGAACUAACUGAAGUACAGUGCAGACAGUCAAUGCCAACUGCAGGGUGCCCUGCACUCAGGGCAGGUGUUCGUUGCCACUCCGUCUCUACCGUGUAGAACUGUGUGUGGCUUCUAAUAGGUCCCCGGCGAUUACUGAACCAAGUGGAGAAAAACCCUCUAAUCAGGACAAAUAUUUGAAAAUUCUAGUCCGUCCCCUCCCCUAAAUUUGUAACAACAUACUCAAGAGGAAUCCUGCAAGUCGCCUUAAUAAAAUUAAUUUCAGGAAACAUUCAUUGACACACAGAGAAUCACAUUAAUACUGCCACACACAACAGUACAGAUUUGGACAAGGCUUGUGAAUGGCCACCAGCCUCCCAUCCAGCUUCAGUCAUAUGUAUAGAAUUACCCACUGUGUGCAGUGUAAUAUUGAGUAUCAUUAGUUUGUA